AUGGUACCAGAUCAAGGACAUUUGCUAUCAAUUAAACAAAAUCUUAAAUUAUCGUUUGAAUUUCCUGGGGCUUACGAAACAGCCUUUCAGUAUACUGAAGCUUUUACUAAUCAAAAUCAAAUACUUUCAUCAUUUCUAAAUGGUACUACUUGGAAGUCAAUCAAACAUAAAUUUAGUAAUAAAAUUGUUUUUCCUAUAUUCAUGUAUUACGAUGAUGUUGAAAUAGGAAACCCGUUGGGAUCGCACUCUGGUGUUCAUAAGAUGGGCUGUGUGUACUAUACGAUUCCUGAUUUCCCUCCAGAAUAUUUAUCAACAUUAGAUAAUAUACCUAUUUCCUGCAUUCUUAUUUCACUCUUCAGAUCUAGGAUAUUCAAAAUUCAAUAA